AACAAUUAAAACAGCAGUUAAGAGCAAUUGGUUAGAAUUCGUCCCCCCCUUCUUAAAGACACAGAUGUGCGUUUCUCUCACGUGGUCGCUCAAGUCAAUAAAAGCCCAAGAGGUCUGCGUGUGUGGUGUGGAGAUAAACAUCAAGCGUGUAUAACUGACAGACUGGUUAAUAUGAAGUGUGCUUUUAACGUCUGCGCUGAUAUCAUUACGGGUUUAAUAGUAAAAUUUACUGUGUAAUGCGUUUAUUCACAAUGCUAAACGUUCAUAUGGCACACAAUGGGGACAUGCAUCACGUUUACCUGCAUAAAAUUGUAUUCUUACAAGAUGUUUGCGUUUGGUAACACUUUAUUUUAAGGUGUCAUUUUUACACGUUACAUGUACUUACUAUCAUAAUAACAAAUAAUGAUGCCGUAUUGCAAGUGACCCUAAUUCUGACCCUAACCGUGAAGUAAAUACAUGUAGGUAAUAGUUAAUAAAAUAAAAUAAAAAAAACAGUAUUUAAACAGGUAAUUAUUCUGUAACUAGGGCACCUUAAAAUAAAGUGUAACCUUGCAUUGCAUUCUACUGGGAUAUACAAGUGUGACAAGAGUAUUUCAAAUAAACCAAGAUUUGUUUUUCGUUUAGAAAAUAUUGCCAUUGUUCAUCAUUACUGCCUCUUUUGCGCUGUACUGUAGCAUUAUGAAUAAGUAUACGUUGUAACGAAAUGCAUUCACUGAUGUUCAUCAACAAACCAACCGCAAAAUGACACGAGACUCCUUCAAACGCAGGCCGUGACUUUAAGUUGAAUUCCCGUCAAACUACAUCUGCUUCUUCAACGUAUGGGCAUCGGAUUGAAUGGCUAACUGAAGACGCUCUUGAUUCCGUGAAUUUAUCCCUUUCCCAGUCUGUGUUGAGGAAAUCAACCUCCGCAACAGAAGAUGGCAAUGUCGAGAAAUAGCGACAGGCGACGAAGAAAACCUGCUCUCUUUCAUGUAUGAUAGUUAUGUAGGAGUAGCGAGAAUGAAACCCUUGUGACACGUUUGAAGUUGUACGUGUCGUUCGUGUGCGUGAGGAACGAUGUCGAGCGUUCUGGCGAGGACUUUAUUUUAUCCCACACUCGCUUACAAUGUUUUCAUGGAAAAGAUCAGUUCCAGGCAUUGGUAUAAUCGCGUGGACCCUACUGUGAUUCUAGGUGCUCUUCCGUUCAGGUCGAUGACAGAGGAGCUGGUCCAAAAAGAGAAGGUCAGAGGAGUUAUUACUAUGAAUGAAGAAUACGAGACUAAAUAUUUCUGCAAUUCAGCUGAGGAGUGGCGAGAUGUUGGCGUGGAGCAGAUCAGACUCAGCACAGUGGACCUGACAGGUGUUCCCAGCCUAGAGCACAUUCACAAGGGCGUGGAUUUUGCCUUGAAACAUCGAGAGCAGGGCACCAGUGUCUAUAUUCACUGUAAGGCCGGCCGCUCACGAAGUGCAACUAUUGCAGCCGCAUACCUCAUCAGGCUGCACUGUUGGAGUCCAGAGGAGGCCUGUAAGGUGCUGGCCUCAGUCCGGCCUCAUGUGCUGAUCCGCUCAGCCCAGUUGGAGAUGCUGCAGGAGUACUACAAACAAGUGUGCGGUUCAGAGUCCAGCUAAAAGAUAUACAGUGCAGAAUCGCUGACAAUAAUGCUACAUCUGAUAUACUGUGCAGCUGUAAUGCAUAGUUUUUUUCCAUGUUGGAGUGCAUAUUUUUAUAUACAUUAUUUUAUGAAUUUGUGUACUGUACAUAAAAGCUAAGGUUAAAGCUAUAAUACCAUCCACCUGUAUCAACAAUUUCACUGUGAAUAAAACAAUAUUGUUGUCAUUACCUCAGAUAACUUAGACAGUGAAUUUACAAAUAUUUAUUUUUGCUUGAGUUAGUGAUAUAAUGUUUUUAAAGAGUUUCUGACUGACUUCUUUGUAUUAGGAGUUGUUAAAAACAGCAUCUGGUAGUUGGUCUUUUGUUUCUCUGUGCAUGCUAUCUAUAAGGUUGCGAUAUUGUCUAAUCGUAAACAGUAGGUUUGAAGCAAAUCCUACAGACCCAAAGCAUUUAAUUCAUUUUUUAUGAUUGCUAUGAUGAAACGGAGAGAAACCAUUUGCAACAGAUUUUAAUAAAUACGAUGAAAAACA